AUGUUCCACGCUAGACUUGCACCCAUUGUUCUGGGCUGGGUCGUUUUAACUGCUGCCCCACGGCAAUGCGUGGCCCCCAGAAUGACUUUCAAGGCCGGUGACUGCAGGUACGACAGAUCGGUUUUCUCCAACUUUACUAUCCAGAUUAUUAAAAGCAAAGUGAUGAUGGACAUGAUCCUGGUCACCACCUUGCGGCAGGGGCUGAAGGCGCACUUGAGCUUCGAGUUCCGCCUUUCCAAGGGCAAGCCAUACCAGAGUGUUUACCAGCACGACAUGAACUACUGUGCCCUCAUCAAGGGUUCCCAGGAGUCGAUCUAUCGGCGAUGGUUCACGUCCAUGUUGAAAGUGGGCAACUUCGCAACGAGCUGCCCCAUAAAAGGGGGCUACUAUUAUAUGCAUGGCUGGACCCUGGAUGCGAACUAUGUGCCCUCCUUUCUCUACCUGGGUGACUACCGAAUUGGCGGAUCGUUCUUCUAUGGCCGGUUCAAGAAGCACUUGGACAAUCCCCUACUGGAGUGCAGUGUGGAAGCCGUGCUGAACUGA